AUCGAUCCGCCCACCAGAGCCGGUUUCUCCCUGAAACUGAAGCGGACGCCGGUCGGACGAAGCCCACAUAUCCGCGUGUUUAAAGACUAAAACCGACGUGUCAGCGUUAACCCAACGGGACAACGAAUUCAGCCACUAAACCGGAUUUCAGGAAUAGCGGAAAGAAGGCUAAGGAGCGGGAGUUCGGAUAAUUUGUUCCAACUUUUAGCUGUCAGUGUCUUCGGGGGGGAGAGGACUUCCAGAAGCCGGUGAGGGGGUACCCCACAGCGGCCCGUAUCAGCGAAGGAGGCCGGGGACAGGUGGGCGAGGAGCGGGACUCUACUGCGCCCAGGGACGGUCUAUCUCCGGGGGGAAAGUUUUAAAUCUACACCGGGAUUAUUGCUCACAGGGUGCCGGGUCAUCCGGACAGAGACCUCAUGAAUGGAAAUCGGAACAACAGGAGCCGUUGGAGCCCAAGCCCUGUUUUCGUUGCCACGGCGACCUGGCUAUGGCACCAUUGGAAAGCCCAUCAAGCUUCUGGCCAACUGCUUCCAGGUGGAAAUCCCCAAGAUUGACGUCUACCUGUACGAGGUGGACAUCAAGCCGGACAAAUGUCCUCGACGGGUCAACAGGGAGGUGGUGGACUCCAUGGUGCAGCAUUUCAAGGUGACCAUCUUCGGUGACAGCCUGCCGGUUUACGAUGGGAAGAAAAGCCUCUACACUGCUAACCCACUACCCGUCGCAGCUAGUGGGGUCGAUCUGGACGUCACGCUGCCGGGCGAAGGUGGGAAGGAUCGCCCGUUCAAAGUCACCAUCAGAUUCGUGUCGUUGGUCAGCUGGCACAUGCUGCACGAGGUCUUGACGGGCCGAGGCGUUCCCGAGCCGCUGGACCUGGAUAAACCCCUGAGCACCAACCCCGUUCACGCCGUGGACGUCGUCCUUCGACAUCUGCCCUCCAUGAAGUACACCCCAGUUGGACGGUCCUUCUUUUCCUCCCCAGAGGGCUACGACCAUCCACUCGGCGGGGGGAGAGAGGUUUGGUUUGGCUUCCAUCAAUCUGUCCGGCCAGCCAUGUGGAAGAUGAUGCUCAAUAUUGACGUGUCGGCCACAGCUUUUUAUAAAGCCCAGCCAGUCAUUCAGUUCAUGUGUGAGGUUCUGGAUAUUCACAACAUUGAUGAGCAGCCGCGCCCUCUCACCGACUCCCACAGAGUCAAGUUCACCAAAGAGAUCAAAGGUCUUAAAGUUGAAGUGACACACUGUGGAACCAUGCGUAGGAAGUACAGAGUCUGUAAUGUGACGCGGCGUCCUGCCAGCCUCCAGACGUUUCCACUGCAGCUCGAGAACGGUCAGACAGUCGAACGCACGGUGGCUCAGUACUUCAGAGAGAAGUACAGUCUGCAGCUGAAAUACCCCCACCUGCCGUGUCUGCAGGUGGGCCAGGAGCAGAAACACACCUACCUGCCCCUGGAGGUGUGUAACAUCGUUGCGGGUCAACGCUGCAUUAAGAAACUGACAGAUAACCAGACGUCAACCAUGAUCAAAGCGACGGCCCGCUCCGCCCCGGACAGACAGGAGGAGAUCAGCCGGCUGGUACGGAGCGCAAACUAUGAGGCCGACCCGUUCGUCCAGGAGUUCCAGUUCCGAGUGCGAGACGAGAUGGCUCAGGUGACGGGCCGCGUCCUGCCGGCCCCCAUGCUGCAAUAUGGCGGCAGGGUGAGCUCUGAACCCUUUAUGCCCCAGCAGAUCAACCCUGCACUGUCGUUGCAGAACCGCACAGUGGCCACACCCAGUCACGGCGUCUGGGACAUGAGGGGGAAACAGUUCCACACCGGAGUGGAGAUCAAGAUGUGGGCCAUCGCCUGCUUCGCCACCCAGAGGCAGUGCAGAGAGGAGAUCCUCAAGAGUUUCACUGAUCAGCUGCGGAAAAUCUCAAAGGACGCUGGGAUGCCAAUCCAAGGCCAGCCAUGUUUCUGUAAAUACGCCCAGGGAGCAGACAGCGUGGAGCCCAUGUUCAGACACCUGAAGAACACCUACGCUGGGCUGCAGCUCAUCAUCGUAAUCCUGCCCGGCAAAACACCUGUCUAUGCCGAGGUGAAGCGGGUCGGAGACACUCUCCUGGGAAUGGCCACCCAGUGUGUGCAGGUGAAGAACGUGGUGAAGACGUCUCCUCAGACCCUCUCCAACCUCUGCCUCAAGAUCAACGUCAAACUGGGAGGCAUCAACAACAUCCUGGUUCCACACCAACGACCGUCUGUUUUCCAGCAGCCUGUGAUCUUCCUCGGGGCUGAUGUCACUCAUCCUCCAGCAGGAGACGGGAAAAAGCCUUCAAUUGCAGCGGUGGUGGGCAGCAUGGAUGCACAUCCCAGCAGGUACUGCGCCACAGUGCGGGUUCAGAGGCCCAGACAGGAGGUCAUCCAGGACUUGGCUUCUAUGGUGCGAGAGCUUUUGAUCCAGUUCUACAAGUCAACCCGCUACAAGCCAACCAGGAUCAUUUUCUACAGGGACGGAGUGUCAGAGGGCCAAUUUAGACAGGUGCUUUACUAUGAGCUGCUGGCUAUCAGGGAGGCAUGUAUCAGUCUGGAGAAGGAGUACCAGCCGGGGAUCACGUACAUCGUCGUACAGAAACGCCAUCACACGCGCCUCUUCUGUGCAGACCGCAACGAGCGGGUUGGACGAAGUGGAAACAUUCCCGCCGGCACCACAGUGGACACAGACAUCACUCACCCCUACGAGUUCGACUUUUACCUCUGCAGUCACGCUGGGAUCCAGGGAACGAGUCGGCCUUCCCACUACCACGUGCUGUGGGACGACAACUGCUUCACCGCCGACGAGUUCCAGCUCCUCACCUACCAGCUGUGCCACACCUACGUCCGCUGCACCCGCUCCGUCUCCAUCCCGGCGCCGGCCUACUACGCCCACCUGGUGGCCUUCCGUGCUCGCUACCAUCUGGUCGACAAAGAGCACGACAGUGCGGAGGGCAGCCAUGUCUCAGGGCAGAGUAAUGGCAGGGACCCCCAGUCGCUGGCCAAGGCUGUUCAGAUCCACCACGACACACUGAGGACCAUGUACUUCGCCUGAACGCCUCCUCCUCCUCCUCCUCCUCCUCCUCCCAACCACACAGCCAGUCUUAGUGUCCGACUCCCACGGGGCCGCCACGUCGGUGCAGCUCCAGUCUGUGGAAGUCAACUGCAGCAGCUGCGUAAGAACAGAGAGGAGUUUUGACAGAAGCUUUUAUUUUAGCUGGUUUUAUUUUAUUUUAUUUUAUUUUAUUUUAUUUUAUUUUGUGUGUGUGUGUGUGUGUGUGUGUGUUGGAAGAACGGCGGAGCAGCCCAUAAGCCUCACGCUGAGCCUAAAUGCUGCUGCUGCUUUGUAUCGUAGACGGUUUUACACGUUUUUGUUUGUGUGUUCUAAGCCUUUUAGAUCGUGUACGUUUCUCUCUUGAACAAAUUUAGCUUCGUUCUCAAAGUGGCGUGUUGCCUUAGAGGUUACUCUUCUGUCCCCCUUAACGCCACUGGCUCCUCACGGUCCGUCAGCCAGACAGGAGGAAGUAACUCUGCACUCCACCAACACAGACACUGAAUAAUUAUUUUUAUUUUUUUAAAUGAAUUAAACAAAGCCACAAAGUCAGAUGUUCUUAGAGGCAGCGUUGUUGCCUCACUGCGACAAAAAAGCUCUUUCAGCUCCGAUAAGAUAAAGAGUGUUAAACCAAACAUUGUACUCUUGGAUUUUAUCCCCCGUGCUAUUUAUGAUAUUUUUUUUUAAGAUUAAUUUUUUGAGCAAUACUGCACAUAGAGAGGACAACUCACCAGUUCUGACGACCACAAAAUUUUUUUCACAUUUGAAGUUAUUUAUGAAGAUAAGGUGCAAUAAGGUUUUAAUGCCGGGAGCGUGGGGGGUUCGGACGUUUUUAACGAGUAUUCAAGGAAGUUUUGUCAAGGUUUCGGUGAAGUAGGAUUCAGGAAAGUGCGAAAAGAGAUUAAACAAAAGUGCCUGAUGUGGAAGGUUUUUAAUCAUAAGUCGGUUUAGGUGCCUCGGUCCACGUGUUUGGUUAAAAAACAAAACAAAAAAAAAAAAUCCCAGACACUCGAGACUGGAGUCGAUCUCACUGCUUGUGUGGAUUUAACGUUUGUUUCCUCUUGAUCACAAAUAAUGAAACGUUUAUCUCAUAAAAAAAAUCAUUGAUCCACGAUGUUACCACAACAACGUUAUACCUCAAAAUUAUAUCAACAAUAAAUAUGUUCAUUCACACCUCAGUGAACUUCACUUCGGUCUGAUUACAGGUUAAGUUUCCAUCUAUAAUUUAUCUGAUCACGUGGAUGUAGUUUUAAGUUUAAUUCUCAUUACUUUUUGUGCCCAUUGAGAAAACAAAACGUUAUUACACACAUCUUGUCUGGUCUAUGGAGAAGGAUUAUGGCCACUGUAAAAAAAAAAAAAAAAAAAUUAAAAUCAUUUAUAAUAAUCUUAGAAAUUGAACUUUUCUCAGAAUUUUUAGUUUUUGUUCUGACUUCAUUGUUCUGAUGAUUAUUUUACUUUAAUUAUAUAUAUAUAUAUAUAAGUGCUGUCAAAUGAUUAAAAUGUUAAAUCAGAUGAAUCACAGAGUAAUUCAGAUUAAUCGCGAUUAAAUAUCGUUUUAUAUAUCUUUUUUAAUCUGUUAAUCGCAUUUCAUUUUAUAUCAGGAAACAGACUCAAGAAAGAAGGGAACAUAUCUGCACUACAGAACAACUUGAAACAACGGAGCAACUUUUUGUCUCUUUUUUUUUUUUUUUAAACCAACAUUUCUCCACAUUAAUGUGGCUCCUACGUUCCUCCUCUUUCAGCAGCUACCAAAACAAACUAACUCUUUGACAUUGUCUAACGGGAGGAGAACUGAUCGCUUCAUAUUUACAAUGCUGCUGCUACUGAGAACAGUCACAGUAGCCAGAGACAUUCAGCGUUAUCGCAGUCAUUUUGACAACCCUAAUGCAUUUUUUUAUUUUUAUUUUUUUUUUUUGCAGUGGCCUACACCCUCUCCUGUUUGUGUGACCUCUUUAUGAUGCAGCUAUAUUUAAAUAUAUUUAUACAUGUGUGAAUAUCAGAGCAGCCAUUAGUGGAUUAGUACCUGGCUCCGUGGCCUCUGAGGAUUCACUGUUUACACUCAGAAACUGAGCUCCAACAAAUGUCAUAUUUUCUCAAUAAUCUGUCUAUAAAAAGCCUCAGAAAAAUCAGUUUUUACGACCAUAUAACGCAGAAAAGAAACAUCUUUGCAUAAAAAAAAAAAAAAAAAACCAACAACUUCAGUCGACUUGUCUGUUGCAGCUCUCUACAAAUAUCUUCCUGACUCGGAGGAAGCAGCGUCGUUAUGCAAUAAUGUUUUCUGCCUUGAGCCGGUCACGAGCCGCGGUGCUGCUGUUUUUAGGAAGACGUCUUGAAUUAACAGUUUAGUUUAAACGCAGACGAAGCCUUCAGGUUUCAUCUCUUGGACCAAACCGAUGUGCCUGGUUCGGGGGUGAGUCGACGCUCACGGCCUUAAAGCUCGCCACGUGUCGCCAGAACCAAACUAUAGCUGCUAUAAGAAAACAAUGAUUUAAUUAAUACGUCAUCGAGACACAGAUCGGUAUUUUACUGCACUUAAAAAGUUUAUGGUUCGAUUAGAUAUUUAAAUGUUCGAGGAGUUUUAAAUAUGAAAUCUGUUCAUUACCAGCAGUCGGUUUUACUUGAAGGAUAGUUAAACACAAUUAAAGUCAGACUGGAGAUAUAUUUAUAUUUAAAGAUAUUAACGUAAUGCACAUACCGCUUAUUUUUCCUAACAGAGUCUCUUUUUCUGAAGGUUAAUAACUCGGUAGUGAGGAGGUUUGUUUCGUCGUGUUGCGAUCUGACGACCCCUCCUCUUGCCUGUGAACGCCUCCCUCCGCAUCAUUUUAUCAUCUCAAAAACUUCACCUUCUCUAUAUAUAUAUACACAUUUUAUUUUUUUGCACGUUCACGAGAGGAGGAGGAGGGUUGAUCGACGGUGUUUGUCCGUUAACAGACUGUGCCUUUCCCCGAUGGUGCUGACAAAAAUGAAAAUAAAACACGAGUAGGUUUAUAUUGAUACAUGGGAAUACUGUAAGGUGUGUGUGCGCGUGUGUGUAUAUACUGUGUAUUUGUGCGUGGAUACCUCUGACAUAUGCCAAGAACACAAAAAAUAUGCAGAACUGAUCCUCUCGGAGCCGACAGGACCUAAAAUAUCUAAAAACAAAUCUUAAUAUAAUAGAAAUAAAACAGGGGAACACUCACGACUCUAUAGGUAACGAGUAGAUGUUAUGUAGCAUUAUUUAUUUAUUUCUCUAGGGGCUUAACGCCUGCCUGCAAACACCCCCCCCAUCUCUUUUCUUUUUAUGUUCAUUCUUAUAUGGACGGCAAUAAUGAAGCAAAGUUCCUGUGCAAUCCCUUCACUGUGUUUCUUUUUUUUUCUAAUGUGAAAUUCAGACGUUUACAGUUUUGUUUUUUUGUUUUUUUUUUCUUGAGUGCCCAGGAUUCCCCCCCCCCCCACACCAGUUUUGCGACACCUCUGUAACCGUACUCCAGGAGAUAAACGAUGUUUGGGUUUCACAGUAUAUUAACAUGCUGUUUGUUUUUUGUUUGUUUUGGUUGAUUAUGAAGUUAUGAAGUCAAACUGUAUUUUUUUUUUUUUUUUUUGUGUGUCUUAACACUCACCAGACUUUGAGCCUUUCUAUUUGUCAUAUUUAAUUAAGUUUUUUUUUUUUUUUGGAAUAAAUACUCUAUGUAUAAAUCCUGUGCA